CUUUAUACAUUCGAUAUGAAUGCGUGUGCGCAGCGGUAGUAGCAGGAAUUGACGACUAAAAUGCACAAGCUAAUCUUCUUCUUCACGGCCAUCCUAUCAACGGCAUCCACCGAAAAGUGUUACGGCGUAGUCUUCAAUAGAAAAUGCUAUGAAAUCGACAUUUUGAAAGAAGGCAUCAACAACAUCCAUCAAUUAGCGUUGAAUGACAAUGAUAAUACGCUAUAUUUCACCUUCGAUCAAAUCGCCAAAGAACCUAUGAGAGGACUUGCUUUCUUCAACCUUGACACUAAAGCCACAGGAAUCAUAGAAGGUGUACGAAACGCCUCAGGAGUUACAGUAGACCAAAGAAGGAACAGGGUCUACGUCGGCGGAGCUGACGGUCUAUUCUUCUUAAACGAUAACAAAGUACCAGAACAGCUACCAGCUAAGGACAACAUACAAUAUUUAUACUUCAAAGAUGUUAUUUUCUUCGUAAAUAAACGGAGAGAGGCAUACAGAUUUGAUUAUGGUGUUGUUAGUCCGUUGCAAGAAGUCCAAGGGAUAGCUAUAGACAAGUUAAUAGUUGAUGAUGAGUACAACAUGUUUUUCUUGCAAAAUAGAAAACUGUUCAGGGUUAAACUGGGUACUAGAGCGAUAAACACUCACGAAAGAUUUACCGUUGAUGCCAUAACCACUGAUUUUAAUUAUAAACCAUUUAUUAGUACUACCAAUGGACUUUAUGUUUACAAUAAGUAUAAGUAUGCUUUAGACAAAGUUUCUACAAUUGUUGAUUUGAAAGAGUUAGUGUUUAAUCGUCUAGGGGAACCGAUUUAUGUAGUCGAGGAUCAUUUGAUUAAGUUAAAGAACCCUGUGACUUAUUUACAUGAUUGAUAAGAUUGUUAUUUCUGUGUCUUGAGCAAUAAUAGUUAUUUAUUUAUUUAUAAA